AAAUGCUCUGCGGCUAUUAUCGGGAAUGUCUUGGCUCGAGUUGUGGCGACAGUAGGCUAAAGUAGAUCUGACACUGAUAUAUUUGGAGUAGUACACCAAGGGACAGAAGACGAAACUUCCUGGUUUGGUAAUCGAACCCGCGUCAUCGUGGCUGCCAAGACUGCAGUGUUUGAACAUGAGACAAGCCCGAUACAACCUGAGUCACGAUGACUUCCUAAAAAUCUGUAUUAUCAUCGGAGUUGGUGACAAUCAAUCAAUAGAGAUAUCCUUCACCAACUUUGAAAAUGGAGAUGAAAACUAUCAAUCUAAGAAUGUCGUACCAACUUUCUUCCAUACCCCACUGUGCGGAACCUUUCUUGGGCCCACCGCUAACUCAAGGCUGCCCAGGAUCACAGUUUGUGUUAUUCAUGACCCUUUUGGAUACAUUUAUACGGACAAACAGAGAAGUUUCACAGCUAUGUGAAAGAGUAAUCCCUGUAAACCCAGCUGAAAAUUAUUACGACUUCAUAGUGAUUGGUGGAGGAUCAGCAGGUUCCGUGGUGGCUUCUAGAUUAAGUGAGAUUCCACAGUGGAAAGUCUUACUUCUUGAAGCUGGUCCAGAUGAACCGCCUGGCACAAGCAUACCGAGUAUGGUGGGAAUGUUUUUAGGAAGUGAUAUUGACUGGCAGUACAAUACAACCAACGAAAAUUUUGCUUGUCUAGUCACUGGUGGGUCCUGCAGUUGGCCUAGAGGCAAAAAUCUCGGUGGAACUUCCUCCCACAAUGGCAUGAUGUACAUUCGAGGGCAUCCAACGGAUUUUGACAACUGGGAGGCCCUCGGAAACAGAGGAUGGUCAUGGGAUGAGGUAUUGCCAUAUUUUAUGUGCAUGGAGAAUAAUACAGAGCUUCCCAGAGUUGGAAUGAAGUAUCAUUUGGCAGGUGGACCACUAAAUGUUGAAAGAUUUCCUUGGCAGCCUCCAAUAACAAAUGACAUUCUUCAGGCGGUUGUAGAAAGAGGAUACACGCUUACCGAGGAUUUGAAUGGCGACCAGUUUACAGGAUUUACAGUAGCUCAAACAAACAGUCGUAAUGGUGUGAGAGUCAGCAGCUCUGCGGCCUUCCUUAGGCCAGUUAGAGAUCGCCGCAAUCUUCACAUCAUGCUAAAUGCUACUGCAGCUAGAGUUAUCAUAGAGAAUAAUAAAGCAGUCGGUAUUCAAUAUUACAAGGAUGGAGAAUACAGAGCAGCUCGAGCAACAAAAGAAAUCAUCGUUAGUGGUGGGGCAGUGAACUCUCCGCAACUUUUACUCCUUUCAGGUAUAGGACCUGCGGCGCAUUUAAAAUCAGUGAACGUCCAAGUCAUAAAAGAUCUUCCUGGCGUUGGUGAGAAUCUCCAUAAUCACGUAUCUUACACCAUAUCUUGGGAUAUUAAUGAACGCGAUGAGUACUACUUGAAUUGGGCGGCGGCCACAGAAUAUUUGAAUAACCAGAGAGGGAUUAUGGCGUCGACUGGGUUGGCACAGAUCACGGGUAUCAUCCCUUCAAGAUAUACUACACCCGAGCAUCCGGACCUUCAAUUUUUCUUUGGAGGUUAUCAGGCUUCUUGUGCCACAACAGGAGAAGUUGGAGCACUCAUGAGCAAUGGACCGAGGAGAAUUAGCAUCUCACCAACUCAUUUGCAGCCCCGAAGUAAAGGAACGCUUCGAUUAGCUAACAAUAAUCCAUUUACUCACCCGAUUAUCAACGCAAAUUACCUGAAUGACUCUCAAGAUCGGGCGAUUCUAGUAGAAGGUAUACAGACGGCUCUUUCAUUCUCUAAAACCAACGCUUUGGCAAAAUACAAAUUAACUUUGGCGAAUCGUCCUCUUUCGGCAUGUUCAAUGUAUAUGUUCCUCACUGCUGAAUACUGGGAUUGCGCUAUUCGUCAAGACACUGGACCUGAAAAUCAUCCAGCUGGAUCAUGCAAAAUGGGUCCUCCAACAGACCCUAUGGCGGUGGUGGACCCUGAAUUAAGGGUAUAUGGAAUCACUGGAUUACGAGUUGCUGACGCUUCUAUAAUGCCACAGGUGACAUCUGGAAAUACUGCAGCUCCGUCAAUGAUGAUUGGAGAAAGAGCCGCUGCUUUUAUCAAAAAAGAUUGGGGAGUUCCGAAAACAACUUGCUCUUCUGCAGCAAAGGACAAUUCAUUGGACCUACUCCUAUGGGCAAUACGAUAUCUGGAUAUCAAUCAAGAUCUAUGGCGUCGGCGAUGACAUUCUCAAUGUCUGUCAUUAAAAAUCGCCAAUACUUCAGGCUGUGCUAUUCAAGCUGAUAAUUUUUAUUUUCGUCAAUAUUUUCUGAUAUCGUUUUUAGAAAAAUACGAUUGUACGAACGAUUUACAAAAUAAUUGCAUAGGAUAAUGAUUCUCAGCGGUCACUGCGACAGAAUAUCAUUAUUCUGCAGCAUUCUAAAAUAUUUUAAUUAGCACAAAAUUGCACAAAUCUAUUAUUCUUUGUAAGAAAUUCCAUCUUUUAUAAUAUUUUUAUUAGUAGGAACUAUAAAAUGUGCUGGAGUGGAUUCAAAUGAUGCAUUUUCGAGAAAUAUGUAUUUAAAGUGGCAGAUAAAUUUUAAUUCAGGUUUUGCAUCAAUGUUUUCCAUUAGCAUAAUAACGUAUUCUGGUAAUCAAGGGCAUGUGAUACUUCGUUGUCUAAUAAACCGGGUUCAGAUCCCUCGGUUUUUUCCACAAAAAUGAAAAAUUUUGAAAACUGAAAUCGUAGAUGCUACCAAAUAUUACAAAGGACGUUCAGAGACUUUUUUAGGGAUGAUAAAAAAAUUAUUUUGUUGAAUGAAAAUUUUAUGCAUGCUCAAUAUGUUGAGGUUAGGAUCGUUUUUCAGCUAUCUGUAGAUCAUAAAGAUUUAGCCAGGCCGAUA